CAAAGAGGUACAAUGAACUCGUCGUCCUUUUCUUUCUACAAAUCCCUUUAUAUUUGUUUAAUAGAAAGAAUUGAUGACCAAAUUUAAUCCAAUCUUUAUCCUUUCACUUUUCCUAAUAUUGGGCACUGUCUCAUCGUGUGCAAAAACGUGCAAAGAAGUAAGCUUCACAUUCUUCUUGAAUGUCUACUCUAAUUGUACCAUCGAAAGGCUAGUAAAAAGUGACCACGUCCCACCGCACUUUGACAACGAAACUCAGGUCAGAUCCUGGGAUGUUGUCAUUAACCGACAACUAUCUGGCAGACAACUAUCUGGCAGGUUGUAUCGUCCCAACAACAUUGAUCAUGGACUUCGUGUCCCUAUCCUCAUAUUUUUCCACGGAGGUGGCUUCCUUGUCGGUUCUCCCUUUGACCGUAGUGCCCAAAACAUGCUCUACCGACUUAGCUCCAUGGGAAAAUUCGUCAUUCUCUCGGUAGACUACAUGUUAGCCCCCGAAAGUAAGAUCCCCAUUCCCUAUAGGAACGGUGACGAGACUCUCAAAUGGUUGGCCUUGCAGGCUACCGGAAAUGGCAACAAGAAAUUUAAAUGGUUGAAAGAUAUCUUGGAUUUUGACCGAGUCUUCAUCGGUGGACAGAGCUCGGGUGGAAACAUAGCCUACAACGUGGCAAUGAGGUUCCAACAAAAGAAGCUUGACGGGUUGAGACUUGGGGGACUAAUAAUGAUUCACCCAUAUGUAUUGACAGUGGAGGCAUUGCCUUCUCUUAUGAAUGCCAACGAGGGAAUGAGAAAUAAUAUUACCGGAUUGUGGCCUUAUGUAUGCCCUAAAACCAUAGGGUUGAAUGAUACUAGGGUUAACCCUUCGUUGGAGACUAAUUUGCAGGUGUUAAAUCCUGGUAAGGUGUUGGUUUGUGUCGCUGAGAAAGAUCCAAUGAUUGACGCGGUGAAGGCGUUCUACGAUGUGCUUGAGAAGAAUGUGGAAAAGGUGGAGUAUUACGAGACAUUCGGAAAAGGCCAUGUUUUCGAUAAUAUCUUUCCAAAUAUUGUGGAAACAUAUAAUUUGUACGAAAAGAUUGCUACUUUCAUAGAACUAAGCCAAUGACCAAAGCUGAUGUAGGU